AUGUCAUUUAAAAGCUUUGCAUUCUGUGUUAUGCCAUUUGGAGCAAGGUCAUUUAACAGUUUUGCAUUCUGCGUUAUGCCAUUUGAAGCAAUGUCAUUUAAAAGCUUUGCAUUCUGUGUUAUGCCAUUUGGAGCAGAGUCAUUUGACAGUAUUGCAUUCUGUGUUAUGUCAUUUGAAGCAAGCACAAAUUUCCACGGUGAAACAAGUGUUUUACAGACAAACGUAGGAUUACAGGCUUGUAACAGCUUGGUAGAGAUGUCCAUGGAUGGACUGAAUAGCAUGGAUUCGUCCAUUAACCACCCAGGACGUGGACCGGGAUAUGCCACUCCGUUGGCGGCGUUCAAGUCAGGCGUCAGGGAGGAGAUUGCCUAUGUAGCGUGUAUCUAUCGCACGACAAAAACAGAGAAACCGGAUUUUAUAGCAACCGUUGACAUUGACCCCAGGUCAAGCAAUUACUGUCAGAUCAUCCACCGCUUACACAUGCCAUAUUUGGGCGAUGAGCUGCAUCAUACCGGGUGGAAUGCAUGUAGUAGUUGCUAUGACAACUGUUGUAGAAAAAGAAACCGUUUGGUGGCGCCAUGUCUGUGUUCCAGUCGAAUCUACUUGAUUGACACGGAAACUAAACCAAGGCGCCCAUCCAUCGCAAAGGUGACCUCAGCGGAAACAACUACAGCGUCAUGUAAAAUACGUGGAUACAACAGCCAAGCCUGGCAAAGCGAAUACGGCCAAUCAUUGCAUGUAUGGGAUUGGACCACACAUAAACGAAUACAAGAUAUUGACCUUGGGCCGGAAGGCAUAAUGCCAUUGGAAAUUCGAUUCCUGCAUGACCCGACCGCUGCCGAAGGUUUCGUCGGCGCCGCUUUCUCCAGUAACGUUAUACGAUUUUACAAAACUAAAGAUGGUAAAUUUGCUACUGAAAAAGUGAUCGACGUUCCUGACAAGAAAGUGGAGGGCUGGUUAUUACCGGAAAUGCCAAGUUUAGUAACCGACAUAGUGCUUUCAUUGGAUGACAAAUAUCUCUACUUUACCAACUGGUUACAUGGAGAUGUACGCCAGUAUGACAUCACAGACACAAGAAAUCCGCGAUUGGUUGGACAGAUUUUCCUUGGUGGUAGUGUAACAACAGACAGUGGUGUGAAAAUAGUUGAAGACAAGGAAAUGACAUCACAGCCAGAUCCACUGUACAUGAAUGGUAAACGCAUUGCAGGGGGUCCACAGAAGAUACAACUCAGCUUGGAUGGUAAAAGACUGUACGUCACCACGUCACUAUACAGCGCAUGGGACAAACAAUUCUACCCUGACAUGAUCGAGCAAGGCAGUGUUAUGCUUCAGGUCGAUGUCGAUAUAAAAACUGGUGGACUGACACUUAACAAGGACUUCCUGGUGGACUUCGGCAACGAACCCGACGGACCGGCCCUGGCUCAUGAAAUCCGAUAUCCGGGUGGAGACUGCACUUCUGAUAUUUGGUGGUCCCUUACGACUUUCCAUACGAUACAGUCAAAUCUACAACUAGCUCUACAGUACAACCCAGCCCUUCAUCUGAUCAUCACAGGAGUACAGUUACGGAAACUCGAGAUUGCUAAAUUAUAUGGAGACCCCCUGAAAUGGUGUGAAAUUGAUGACAAUUUCAACUAUACUAUGUACUCUAAUCCUAAUAUCACUGAUGUACUGAAAUUCGCAUACUUAAAUGCCGCUUUGGAUGGUGAAGCCAGCACUCAAAUACAAGGCAUUGCUUCAAAUAGCAUGACACAGAAUGCAAAGCUGUCAAUUAAUUUUGCUUCAAAUGGCAUGACACAGAAUGCAAAGCUAGCGCUGUUAAAUAACAUUGAUCCAAAUGGCAUGACAGUGAAUGCAAAGCUAUCAAACGACAUUGCUUCAAAUAGCAUGACGCAGAAAGCAAUGCUGUCAAAUGACAUUGUUUCAAAUUGCAGGACACAGAAUACAAAGCUGUCUAAUGAACUUGUCUCAAAUGGCAUAACGCAGAAUGCAAAGCUGUCAACUGAGCUUGUUUCAAAUUGCAUGACGCAGAAUGCAAAGCUGUUAAAUUACCUUGGUUCAAAUGACAUGACACAGAAUGCAAGACUGUCAAUUUUAGCUCGUUUCAAAUUGCAUGAAGCAGAAUGCAAUGCGGUCUAA